GCACGACAGCUGCUCCAGCUGCUCUUGGUCGGGUCGAGCUUCUGAGCUCUGAGCCGUGGCUGCCCUGGGCGGUGGGCGAGCUGAGGGGAUCCCAGGGCCACCUGCGCGUGGCCGACAGGGAGCCGCCAGCCGCAGGCGGGGAGUGGGGACCACCAAGGGACCGGCCACAGGAGCCACCCGGCGAGGUGCCGAAGCUGUAGCUUCCUAGCCCAAAACUUUGUGUCGUGAAAUCUGAGACUUUGACCCAGAUAAUAUGAUAGGAACUUCCUGUGAUUUGGGGCCAUAUCCUACUUAGAUGAACGUGGGACUUCCAGAUUUACUGAGAGCUUGGUACUGUGCGCCUGUUUCUUGCUCUUGCUCAUUUGGCAUAGGUGACCAUGCCGUCUCUGCCUCACGAAGGAGUUAUUCCGGGACCCUCUCCCCUGGAUCUAAAUACAGAGUUGCCUUAUCAAUAUACCAUGAAAAGGAAAGUCAGAAAAAAGAAAAAGAAGGGAGUCAUUACAGCGAAUGUUGCUGGGACAAAGUUUGAAAUUGUUCGUUUAGUAAUAGAUGAAAUGGGAUUUAUAAAGACUCCAGAUGAAGAUGAAACGAGUAACCUUAUAUGGUGUGAUGCUGCCGUUCAGCAGGAGAAGAUCACAGAACUGCAAAACUAUCAGAGGAUCAACCAUUUUCCAGGAAUGGGAGAGAUCUGUAGGAAGGAUUUCUUAGCAAGAAAUAUGACCAAAAUGAUCAAGUCUCGGCCUCUGGAUUAUACUUUUGUUCCUCGAACGUGGAUUUUCCCUUCUGAAUAUACUCAAUUCCAAAACUAUGUGAAAGAACUGAAGAAAAAAAGGAAGCAGAAAACUUUUAUAAUAAAACCAGCUAAUGGUGCAAUGGGUCAUGGGAUUUCUUUGAUAAGAAAUGGGGAUAAAAUUCCAUCUCAGGAUCAUUUGAUAGUUCAAGAAUACAUUGAAAAGCCUUUCCUAAUGGAAGGCUACAAGUUUGAUUUACGGAUUUAUAUUUUGGUUACAUCCUGUGAUCCAUUAAAGAUAUUUCUCUACCAUGAUGGGCUUGUGCGAAUGGGGACAGAGAAGUACAUCCCACCAAAUGAGUCCAACUUGACCCAGCUAUACAUGCAUCUGACCAACUACUCUGUAAACAAACACAAUGAGCGGUUUGAACGCAAUGAAACCGAAGACAAAGGCAGCAAACGUUCAAUCAAGUGGUUUACAGAAUUCCUACAAGCCAAUCAGCAUGAUGUUUCUAAGUUCUGGAAUGAUAUUUCAGAGUUGGUGGUAAAGACGCUGAUCGUAGCAGAACCUCAUGUCCUGCAUGCCUAUCGGAUGUGCAGACCUGGUCAGCCCCCAGGCAGCCAAAGCGUCUGUUUUGAAGUCCUAGGCUUCGACAUCUUGUUGGACAGAAAGUUAAAGCCAUGGCUUCUGGAGAUUAAUCGAGCCCCAAGCUUUGGAACUGAUCAGAAAAUAGAUUAUGAUGUGAAAAGGGGAGUUCUGCUAAAUGCGCUGAAGCUACUGAACAUCAGGACCAGUGAUAAAAGGAAAAACAUGGCCAAACAAAAAGCAGAGGCUCAAAAGAGGCUGUAUGGUCAGAAUACAGUCAGAAGGCUUUCCCCGGGCUCCUCCGACUGGGAACAGCAGAGGCAUCAGCUGGAGAGACGGAAAGAAGAGUUGAAAGAGAGACUCGUUCAAGUACGAAAGCAGGUCUCGCGAGAAGAACAUGAAAAUCGACAUAUGGGGAAUUACAGGAGAAUUUAUCCUCCUGAAGAUAAAACACUGCUCGAAAAGUAUGAAAGUUUGCUGGCUGUUGCCUUCCAGACCUUCCUGUCAGGACGAGCAGCUUCAUUCCAGCGAGAACUGAACAAUCCUCUGAAAAAGAUGAAGGAGGAAGAUAUUUUGGAUCUCCUGGAACAAUGUGAAAUUGAUGAUGAGAAACUGAUGGGAAAAACUGCCAGAAUCCGAGGACCAAAGCCCCUGUGUUGCAUGCCAGAGUGCGCAGAGGUGAUGAAGAAGCAGAAGUCUUACUACAGCAGCGAGAGCAGCUACGACAGCAGCAGCAGCAGCAGUUCAGAACUGGAUGAGAAUGAGAAAGAACUGUGCCAGAAGAGACGAGAACAAGCCCCGUAUAGCUUUAAACACACCAGUCACUGCAAACUAAUUCAACAAUCCAAUUCCAUGAGGCGUUCCGUCAGCUGCCCUCGGUCCAUCUCUUCUCACUUAUCUUCCAACGGGGAUGUGCGCCCCUUUUCUUCUCAACAAGUGAUACCGUUAGCACGACCAACUUCAGCCACUCGGUCACAUUCCUUAAACCGUGCUUCCUCCUACAUGAGACACCUGCCUAACAGUACCGAUACCAGCUCUCCCUGCUCCCACUCUCUGGUGAAUGAGUCUUUGCGGCAGCUGAAAACUAAGGAACAGGAGGACGACCUCACAAGCCAGACCUUGUUUGUGCUGAAGGACAUGCGGAUCCGCUUUCCAGGGAAGUCAGAUGCAGAGUCUGAGCUACUGAUAGAAGAUAUCAUGGAUAACUGGAAGCAUUAUAAAACAAAAGUGGCUUCAUAUUGGCUCAUAAAACUGGACUCCGUAAAACAACGAAAAGUUUUGGACAUAGUAAAAUCAAGUAUCCGCACAGUUCUUCCAAGAAUCUGGAGGGUCCCCGAUGCUGAAGAACUGAGUUUAUACCGGAUUUUCAACCGGGUGUUUAAUCGCCUACUUUGGAGUCAUGGCCAAGGGCUGUGGAGCUGUUUCUGUGACUCAGGGUCCUCUUGGGAGAGCAUCUUCAGUAAGAGCCCGGAGAUGGUGACUCCUCUGCAGCUCCAGUGUUGCCAGCGCCUGGUGGAGCUUUGUAAACAGUGUCUGCUGGUGGUUUACAAAUACACCAAUGAAACGCGAGGGCCCAUCUCAGGCAUCGGCCCCGACUGGGGUAACUCCAGGUAUUUGCUUCCAGGAAGUGCCCAGUUCCUCAUGAGAUCACCACUAUACAACAUGAAAUAUAAUUCGCCUGGAAUGACUCGCUCCAAUGUUUUGUUUACAUCCCGAUUUGGCCAUUUGUGAGACUGAAUGGAGGAUUGUCAUGGGCUAUGCAUAAUAGCAAUUCAUUUAUUUUGUCUAGUUGAACCUUGAGGAAGUGACCCUUAUGUGCUGUUUUAUGUAUAUAUGUCAUAGAAGUGUGUGGAAUACAUACACACAUGCACUCAAGUAACAUAUAAAUAUAUAUAUUUAUUUAUUAUAUGUAAGAAGAAUUAGAAGAAAACUGAAUAUAAGAUUUAACCUUUCUGGAAAUAUAAUAAACCAUGUUAAAGUUGUUUACACAAAUAUGCAAAUGUGUAGAAUUUGCUAGGUUUACAAUUAAUUACUUCCUACUAGAAAUGUUAUUUUUGCUGCAGAGUAUAUAAAGCAGAAUUGAUCUUGAAGAUUCCCUUACAGUGUUAAAUUAUUUUCUAGAUAACACAGCUUAGACUUCAGAAAGCACUGAUCGACUUCUCUCACUUCUAGUAACUGUUUAACAGAGGAACACUAGUGGCAUAGAAGCCUGGGGUUGGCUUGAUGAUAGGAUUAGGAUAAAACAGGUUUAUGGUUACUGUAGCACACUGUAAAGUACUAGAACAACAUCCUAGCCUGACUCCCCAACAUUUUAUUCUCCUAUGUGGAGAUUUAGCUACUUGUUCUAGUGUAUACUUUCAGGAAAGAACUGAUGAGGUCAUGGUGUGAUCUAAAAGGGGAGACAGUCCAGUGGCUUCCGAAUAAAAUGGACACUUGCUUUGACUUUCCGUGAGAGUCACACAAGGAAACAAGAUGGUGGCAGUCACAGGGCUUGGCUGUGUGGCUUUUGUGUCACACAGCACUCGCUUUUCCCUGGAAAAUAUAUCAUGGAUGGGUUUAAGUCUCUCAGUGUUGAGACCAAUAUACCUUGCAAAGUCUAAUGACAGUAAUGUCUCAUUUCACCUCAGAAAAUAAUCUGAAGGCUCUUCAGAGAAGCCUACGGAGCACAUGUCACUACCCACUGAUGUGCCAUGGAGCGAGUCUUUAAUUCGAGUUCAGUGUGGCAUUGUCUUUCUGUCCAGGCAUUGUGCAUGUGUUCCCGAGCAGCACACUCCCAUGCUCCCUCUUCUUGCCCGCAGUUUCAAAGCCAAUGUGUUGCUUUCAGUUUCCACAGACAACACAGUCAUGGAUUUUUAACUCAGGAAGUAUAAUAUUUGCUCACGCUUCCCUCCAAAGGUUUUACUCACAGAUGUUAAGUAUUUGCAAAACUCAAGAUUGUUUACCAUCUUUUCAUAUCUUAGAAUAUAUUUCCAGUAAAUAAAGAACUAACUCCACGGCGGCUGCAGUCAGAGCCCAUUUGUCCCAGGUUCAUUCAAAGGUGGGUCGAUGGUGACUCAAGUUGUAAGGUAUAUGUAUUUUACUUUUAAAACCACCUUUGGAGAGCAUAUUUUUUUACUGCAAUAUUCAUUAUUUUACACAAAUUAAUGGUAGCCGCUUUACUGCUUUAUGGCUGCCCACCCACACACAUUCCAUCAGAGAUUUUUUUCAAGUUUUUUCUUGUGUUUUCAAAGGAGAUUAAAGCAUCCAAAUGAAGAAAAUGAAUGUGGAACUUAGGAGUUCAUAUUGUGAAUUCUUCAAUAUGGUACAGAGUAAUUAAAAUAAGUGAUACAAAUAUUAGAACAUUACAGAAUCUUUAUGGAAUAAUCAACGAGUCAGUCCUUCUAUUGGUUUAUUUAUAGUCAUUUUUGUUUUCAAUUCAUGUUUAAAAAUCAUGGAAAAAUAAAAGAACAUAGAAGUCAUGGAUAUAUGUUUUAAAGUAACUGGUAAGUGAUACUGACCCAAUUUGUUGGUCAUUCACUUUGUGUAUAUUAAAUCACAAAUAAUUAUUUGAUGAGAUAGAGUGUAUGCUUUGAAACUUCUAUUUCAUACAAUAAAGGAAUUUUUGUUUAAA